AUGACUUACCUCGCGGCCCUCUCCGUAUUCUCUGCCUUGUUCAUCGGCCCGGCAGCCAGCCUGGUGACGAGACAGACCCCAGCCGGGACAGCCACCGUCGACCUGGCCACGUCGAUCGGGCCGGCCAAGUUCCUCGGUUCGGGUUUCAUCUACGGCUGGCCUGACAACGGCACCAGCGUCGACACCAGGAUUCCAGACUACUUGGCCCGAGACAUCAAGUUCAACUCGUGCCGCGCGGGGGGCGCCCAGAUCCCCGCCCGGGGCUGGGCUGGCGGCUUCGACGGCUACGCGGAGCGCUUCAAGUCGGCCCUGUCCAACUACAGGACUACGCGCAAGUUCGGAGGCGACUUCAUCCUGCUGCCGCAUGAUCUCUGGGGCGCCGACAGCGUGCAGGGUGCGGGCACGGCGUUCCCCGGUGACAACGGCAACUGGACCGAGUCGGACCUUUUUCUGAAGCAGGUCGCUGCGGACCUCAAGGCUAACGACAUGCUCGAGGGGCUGGUCUUUGAUAUCUGGAACGAGCCGGAGAUCUCGUCGUUUUGGUCCCGGUCGUGGGAACAGUACCUCGAGUUUUACGUGCGAGCUCACAAGAUCAUCAGGGCCGAGCUACCGCAGACUCUGAUCAGUGGGCCCUCGUUUGCCGAUGCUCCGACCCUCACUCAUGACAAGUGGAAGUCGUGGCUGUCCACCGUCGCCGGUAACGACACCAUCCCCGACAUCUGGUCCUGGCACCAGAUCUCGAGUGCUCGCGAGCUUGAUCUAGUCGUCCCGGACUUCAACACCCUUCUGGUCCAACACAAUCUCCCCAAGCGACCCAUCGACAUCAACGAGUACGCGUGGCCGUCGGAACAAACCCCGGCGCACAGCGUCUUCUACCUUUCCCAGCUCGAGCGCCACAACCUCCGCGGCCUCCGCGCAAAUUGGGGGUCCGGCUCGGCGCUGCACGACAACAUGGCCGACCUCGUGUUCCACAACGCGACCACCGGCUCCUACAGCCCGAACGGCGAGUGGUAUCUAUACAGGUACUACGCCAACAUGGUGGGUGAGCGCGUCGCGACGGCUGCGUCGGCCGACGCCAAGUCUGACGUCUUUGCCGUCGUCGAGGGCGGCGUCGCCAAGAUCCUGGCCGGCACGCGGACCGUCCAGGGCACCUACGAGAUUGCCGUGUCGGGACUGGGCCGCCUAGGUCUCCCAAGCGAAGGGAGCGUACAGGUUCGCACGCGCCGCUUCGACUGGGCGGGCACCAAGGCCGACGUUGGCGACCCGAUCGAUUUGGGUGUGACUGCCGUCAAUUACUCCUCCAACUCGGUCAAACUCGUCGUCACUUUUCCUACAAACUCGACGGCAUUCGCUUUGGAGCUCUCUGGUGCAACCCAGUAG